GGGCCCAGCCGGAACUGAGGGAUGGAGACCCGGCGUGAGGAGGAGGAAGAAGAGGGCUGACGAGACCCCCGACUCACUCCGUUCUCUCCAACUUGAGCCCCAUGCACGAACCCGGGCUGCAGAUGCUACCUGUCCGUCAUCCCGUCCGUCCCAGUAAUCCCCGUUUGGUUGAAGCGUUUCCUUACAAUGACAACCUGGUGAACGCGCACAGGAUGGAGUAGAACACGCCCGGCACACCGCAGGAUGCGCAGCCCCAGCCCGGCAAGGAAGAAGAAGGAACCUGGCCGUUUGUCUGGCGUCGCAUGCCCGAGGUUUUCCGCGGUGCUGUGGAUUGAUCGUCUCCUCCUGCAUCGCCCUCCUGCAGCGGCCGGUGUCGGGGGAUAAUGGAGAGCCCCAAUGGCUCCGGCAGCGACACCAAACCGCAGAACCACCAGUUGGAGAAGAAGCGGCUGAACCGAGCGCCUUCCCCGGCCAGACCCUUCCUGAAGGAUGCGCACUCCCGCUCCGCCAGGCCACCUGCCAUCGUGCCCAAAUCCCCCAAACUCCACAAGCAGCACCCCGCCUCGGUGCCCUCAGCCCACCCGAACCGCAGCUCCAGACGCGGCAGCACCGGGGCCAAAGAGAAACCCGCCACCGGCAAAAGUAACACCAAGUCUGCUGCUGCCAAGAAGCCCACGAAGGUGCCCCAGCAUGCGGCCGCAGCCGAGCCGAAAGCCGCCGGCAUCAAACCGGACAGCACCGGCAGUCCGACUCUCCUGAAAGACAAGAGGGGGAAGCUAGGCUUGGGGUCCCCGGGCCCUCACGUCCAUGGAUCCCCGAUCCGAGUACCGACCGGGUCGCCUCUUGUCCGGGUCAGCCAGACCGACAGCAGCUCGGACCUGUCGGACUGCCCGUCCGAGCCGCUGUCGGACGAGCAGAGGCCGGCACCGGCCGCCGGCAGCGACGCCGAGUCCGGUACCGGCUCCAGUGACCGGGAUCAGCAGGGGGCGGAUAAUCCUCCGCGGGCAGAAGCGACCGGAGCUGCGGUGGCUGCAGCUGCUGCUCAUCCGCAACGCACAACCGAGGCUCCCGCCGCCAAGGGAAGCAUGCCUCAGCCCGCAGAGAAACACAAGAAGCCCGCAACAAGCGCACAACUCAAGCUGCCAGGCACCGGGGAUGCAGCCGAGGAGGAGCUGCAGCGGGAGAUGGAGGAUUUGAGAUCUGAAAACGACUACCUCAAGGAUGAAGUGGAUGAGUUGCGGGCGGAGAUGGAGGAGAUCCGAGACAGCUACCUGGAGGAGGAGGUCUACCAGCUGCAGGAGCUGCGGAGGGAACUGGACCGCUCCAACAAGAACUGCCGCAUCCUGCAGUACCGCCUGCGGAAGGCCGAGCAGAAGAGUCUGCGGGUCGCACAGACCGGCCACGUGGACGGAGAUCUGCUACGGAGUCUGGAGCAGGACCUGAAGGUGGCCAAAGACGUGUCGGUGCGCCUGCACAACGAGCUGGAGAGCGUGGAGGACAAGCGCAGCCGAGCUGAGGACGAGAACGAGCUGCUCCGACAGAAUAUCAUCGAGGUGGAGAUCUCCAAACAGGCGGUGCACAAUGAGCUGGAGAGGAUCCGAGAGACCGCUCUGAGGAGACGAGGAAGCAGGGAAUCAUUCAAAGACAAGAAAUCCUCAAGUCAGGAGGACAGUGCAGACCUCAGGUGCCAGCUCCAGUUUUCCAAGGAGGAGUCCAGCCUGAUGAGGAAAAAGAUGGCGAAGCUGGGCCGUGAGAAGGAUGAACUGGAGCAGGAGCUGCAGAAGUACAAGACGGUUUACGGGGACGUGGACAGUCCCCUUCCUCUGGCUGAAUGCUCCGGCGGAGGCCCUCACACCACUCGGGAGGCCGAGCUGCGAUUACGCCUCAAGCUGGUGGAGGAGGAGGCCAACAUCCUGGGCAGGAAGAUUGUGGAGCUGGAGGUGGAGAACCGCAGCCUGAGGUCAGAAAACGAGGACAUCCGGUGCCAGUACGAACGGGACUUCUUCGGGCGGGAGCCGUUCUCCAGCAUGCCCUCAUCGCCGUAUGGUGGCGACACUCUGGACUCGGCCAGUGAGCUACGUCGCCACCUUCAGUUCGUGGAGGAGGAGGCCGAGCUUCUGCGCCGCUCCAUCUCAGAGAUUGAGGACCACAACAGGCAGCUCACGACUGAACUCAACCGCUUCAAAUUCGGCCCCAGCAGCAGCUCGGGGCCCGUAGCCGAGGAGGGCGGCGAAGGAAUUCUGUUUAAACCCGGGAACGGGAAUGGUUCCGGUAGCGGGUUGAUGAUGGAGGAGCUGAAGUCGGCCAGGAUGCAGAUCAAUGAGCUGAGUGGAAAGGUAAUGAAGCUCCAGUACGAGAACCGAGUCCUCAUGUCCAACGUCCAGCGCUGUGACCUGGCCGCUCACAUCGGCCUACGCACCGGCAGCCCUCGGGACAGCGAUGCAGAGAGCGAUGCAGGGCGGCGAGAAGCCACCGAGGACGAGGAGACAGGGAGGCUCCUUCUCCUCCAUCCCAAACGAGAGGGCCCAAUCGGUGGUGAGAGUGACUCUGAAGACAUGUUCGAGAGGACAACGACCACCUCGGGGUUCGGAAGCAUCAAACCCUCGGACGGCAGCGAGCUCAGUGCCACCGAUCUGGCCAACCGCAGGAGGGAAGAGCGGGAGUCGUUCGGCAACGUGAAGCGAGAGGCGGACCGGCUCGGCAAGACGGUGGACCGGCUCAUCACGGACACGGACAGCCUGAUCUUCGAGGGCCGGCUGCUGGUGACGACAGGAGAGAGCCCGGAGGGAGGGGCGGCGUCCGGGUCCAAACCGGACACGCAGGUCCUGGACAGCAUCAACACGCGCAUGAAGGCGUUCCGCACCGAGCUGCACAUCUUCAUGGAGAAGUUGGACCACGUCGGGGAGGGCCUGAGGGACAGGACAGACGAUCUGUCCCCGAUGCCAAACCUCACAGAGUCCAGCAGCUUCCUGUCCUCAGUGACCUCCAUGUCCCGGGACUCUCCCAUCGGCACCUUCGGAAGAGACCUGGUGACAGACUUCCAGCUCCGGGACGCGCCGGCUGCUGACGUCCAGUUUCGUCUCGAUCACGACCGAAGGCUGAGGGCGACGCCGGAGGAGCACGAGGUCGCCGUCUCUCUGCCUCAGGAGGACGAGCUCCUGCGUCUGGAGGCUCAGCGCGGCGGCCUGGAGCUGCUCGGGCUGCACACUCACGAGGGGCCCUGGGCUCAGGAGAGGGCCUUGCUGCAGCAGGAGGUCCGCCUGUUCAGACGCAACACCAUCAUCUUCUACAUGAAGCUCCGGAGGAUCCUCACACACUGGAGGCUGAGCCGCAAGGACGACUCGGCGGAGGAGACGCCGCACCCGGAGUUUGAGAAGUUGGAGGGCAUCCCAGAGCUGGGAGUGAUCCUGGAGCAGGCCGAGUCGGACGGAGACGACAGACUGUGUUUACCACAAACUCCAGGGGACGUCCCGGACCCCGGCAUGCCUCUGCCGUCCCCGGACCAACACCUGCAGCACCAGAGACAGUGUGGGGAGAACCGUCGGAUGCUGCAGGCCCUGCGGACGCUGCUGGAGGAGUUUCGGGAGGAGCUGCGGGAGGAGGAGACGCGGCGAUGGCAACUGCAGCAAUCCUACGCCAAUGACAAAGCCGCCUGGGAGGUCAAGUGGGCCGAGAUGAAGUGCCAGGUGGCCCAGUCUGAGGAGGAGGCAGGAGGCCAAGUGCGAGGGGAAGCCCAGGGAGGUGAAGGGGAACCGGCCGGAGACCCCGAGUGGGCCUUGAAGCAGGAGCGUGAGGAGCACCAGCGCCUGCUGGCCGACAGCCACAGCACCUCCCUGGACCUCCGCUGGAAGCUGCAGCACGGGGAGAAGAGGUGGGGCCGCGAGAGGGGCGAGCUGCUGGAGCGCCUCGACCGGGAGCGCCAGGAGUGGAGCGGCAGCAUGAGAGAGCUCCACCGCAAGAUGGAGAGGAUGCAGAGGGAGCUGAACGCCCGGCGAGGCGAGGGCCUGGACGUUAAAGACGGCAGCUCGGCCCACAGAGCCAUGCUCUCACCUCAGGACAGCCCCUGCCCAGCGCCCCGGUCCCCUCGCUCCCCCCGCUCCCCCCGUACGUCCACCCCUGUCCUGGCCCUUCCCACGCGCUCCCACUCGGACUCCGAGGCCAUGCUGGAGGAGCAGGGGGCGGGGAUGAGGCUGAAAGGUCCGACGGAGAACCUGUUCCUGGACGCGCUGUCCCUGGACCCCCUCAGCCUCCUGGAGAUCCCUCCACCCUCCAGACUGGAGAGUGAGAAGAGGUUCCCCUGCAUGGAGGAGGCCCUCCAUGAGCUUUCGGAGGGAGAAGGUGAUCCUUCGUACCCCGAGGAGGAGAUGGGCGGUGGGAGUCUGCUCAGGGCCAAGUCCGUCUGCUCCAUGAGUGACUUCCAGAGGCUGAUGGACAGCUCACCGUUCCUCCCCGACAAAACGCGCCACGGGGAUCAGGGCCAGGACGAGGACACGCCUCCUCUGUCUCCAGACGACCUCAAGUACAUCGAGGAGUUCAACAAUAAGGGCUGGGACUUCCCAUCGUCCACCUCUGGCCCUGGUCCUGCUCGGGAGGUGUGGACAGGCAACAUCUCAGAGACCCGGGGAGGGGAACCUGUUCCUGAUCCCUUCAAGCCACCUUCCUGGUUCCUCACCACCAGCGCCACCUUGACCACCAGCACCCUGAGCAGCCCUGAGCACUGCCACAAGUCCCCGCUGAAGGGCAACGGAGCGGGGUCUGCAGGCGGGGGAGUGGAGCACUACGGGGUUCACAUCCUCCACAGCCCCACCAGACCUGGAGGAGCUACUGCCCAAGACCCAGACUUCCUGUUCGCCAAGGGGACCAAAGCCAGGGGCGGAGGAGAGGCUGGGGUGGGAGCCAGUGGGCAAGAUGAGGUGUUCAGCAGUGGGAGGUGGGCAUGUGGGCUCCUGGAGACUGGGGGGUUAAGGACUUCGCCUAGUCAGUCUCCCAUCUGCCCCACAGUGGGCUACGCCUCCGCUCUGGAGCUUCAGCUCUCCAGGAACCUCAGUGACGACAUGAAGGAGGUGGCCAUCUCUGUGAGAAACGCCAUCCGCUCGCCACCAGGGCCUGUCGUCCGGGACACCGCCUGCCAGACCAACGUUUUCACCACCCGGGGCACUCAGACCACCCAGACCAUCAGUGUGGGUCUUCAGACGGACCUGCUGAGGAACCUGACCAGCAGCCCCCACCGCUGCCUCACCCCGAAAGGAGGCAGCACGCCCAUCUCCUCCCCGUCCCGCAGCCUGAGGAAGAUCCAGUACUCUCCCGUGGUCCAGAGCAAGUUUGAACGACCCUGCUGCUCGCCAAAGUUCGGCUCUCCCAAGCUCCAGCGCAAACUCUCUGCAACAAGCAAAACCGAUCUACCCAGCACCAGCCGCGCCCCCACUCCCACCACACCCCAGAAGGGCAACAGCGAGUCGGCGUGGGCCCGCUCCACCACCACUCGGGACAGCCCCGUUCACACCAGCAUCAACGACGGCCUCUCCAGCCUCUUCAACAUCAUCGACCACACCCCGGUGGGCUUCGAGUGCAUGCUGAAGCUAAACAAGUCCCCCAGUCGCUCUCGGGCCACCCCGCCCCCCACCACCGAGCCCAGCCCGGCUCACGUGGCUCUCGCCCCAGACCCCAGGAUUGUGCAGGAGUGCAUGCGAAUGGCCCGAGGGCGUUCCCCCAGCCCCGUGCAGCUGAUAGUAGAGACGCAGGGGGACAGGAGCUCAGAGUUGGUGAGCAUACGGCAGGACCUGUCGGCGCCGCCGGGCUUCACGCUGGCUGAGAACACGGCACGCAUCCUCAACAAGAAGCUGCAGGAGCAGAGCUUCAGAGAGGAGCGCCGGCUGCAGGCCGGAGGACAGAGCGGCCGAGACGACAGCAGCAGACAGGCCGAGGCAGACAGAGGACAGGCCGCGUGUAUGGAGAGUGAAAUCCGAGCGUUUCAAAGUGUCUCCAGGUUUUUUUAUUGGCUCUGGGGGAGAACAUGUGAUGGAAGGAGGUCGGUAAAGUGGGGAGCGAUAAAGAGGCGGCACCAGAGAGCUGAAGGCCUCCGUGCACCUUUCACCGAGCUGCAGCCAUGAAUAAUUCACGCAGGGCCGGCUGCUCGCUGGGAGCCGCUGAUGGCACCAGGCGGGUCGGCCGAGGGAGAGAAGAUGCAGCUGCUUUUUACUUCCAUCCGCCUGAGAGAAACACACCCCUGAUGAAUAAUUCACACCAGUCCUGAGAAGACACACACACACACACACACUCACACACACACUCACACUCACAAAAACUUAUGCUCUCUAAACUCUGGAUUCUGCUUUAUUGAUAUUAGCUGCAGAGGAAACGCUGUGACCUCUGUGAAGAGGAGACGUCACAUCCACGUACAUCAGACAUGAUUUAUAUCACUUAAAGCCAAUACUUUCACAGUGCAAUUUGCUCCUGAAUAUUGGAAGCAUCACAUAUUUGUGUUUUAAUUCUGACUCCAGCUCAUCUGUGAAACUUUGCUUUUGUAUGUUUGUGUCUUUGUUUCAUUUUCUCUCUGCCUCAGUUUUCUUCUGAUCCCUCAUGUGUGGUUUCCUGUUUUAUUUUGAAACUCUGGGCUCCUUGCAGGUCACUUCCCCUUGUUUCCUGCCCCCUCGAGCACCUGCAGCCUCACGUGUCUCACCUGCGUCUCAUCGUCUCCGUGUGGACUUUCCUCCUGCUCCAGUUGUUGUUCUGUCAUUAAUUCUCUGCGUCAUUCACCUGCACCAGAGACUGAGAUUUUAUUUUCUUUACUCUUCUUUUGUUUAUCUCACUUUCACAAACGGAAGCUUCCAUGUCUGCAUUUGGGUCACAGAUAUACGGAUGUGGGCAACUCUGGUACCUUUGGUGGACAUGUGGUAAAGCUGUGGUUGACUUGUGGCCCAGAUGUGGCCAACAGGAGCCGACCUGUCAUCAUUCCACGUGGUAUGUGGCCGGAUGACAGUGUGACAGUGGGGGGGCCAAAUCUGGGUCUAAACAAUCUGCUAUGUGGGGUCCUCCGUUCUACAUGUGACACAAAACAAGAAUCACAAAGUCAUGUGAAAUAUAACGAGUCUUUCUGAUGUGUCACUGUGUCGUCUUCACUCUCAGAUCAAACCCGGGGUGAAGAAGAGUUCAGGUGAUUGUGGAAGCUUCAUUUUAACUUCUGCUUUCUCUUGGGACUUGACACCAAUAUGUGAUAAAAUGAAGUUAUAGAUGAGAAAACUGUCCCAUCAAUCCAAACAGAGAUGCUUGUGCCCCUGAAACCAAAAUAUUAGA